AAAAAUCUAUUCAAGAAGAAACCAUCUACAUUAAAAGAGAUUGGCAAUAUCUAUUAUCAUGAUAGUAACCAAGCAAAAGAUUCUGAAAUGAUAAUAAUUAUUCUUGACAAUAUAGAUAUAUCUAGUAAUAAUAUAGUAUCAGAAAAAAAUGAUUUUAUUACAACAAAUGAGCUCAAGCGUAGAAAUCUUUACAAAUAUAGGAAUGAUGCUGCCAAGUUACCUCAUCUUAAUGAUAAAGAUGCUGAUGUAUUGAAUAAAUCUCUAUUUUAUUUUAAGAUGACAUAUGAAGAAGUAUAUACUGCCAAAGUGUCAUCCUUUCAUAUAGAAGCUGCAUUAAAUAAUUUUAUUAAAGAACAAUUUGAUCAAAUUGAAAAUCUCAAUAUAGGGUCAUUUAAUAAUAAGAUUAAGAGUUUUAAUAAAAAACAAAAUUUCUAG